AUGUCGGAGGAUUCCGAGACUGCGACAAUCUCAAAGUCAGGAGAUGUUGAACAUUCUAAAACUCCUUGGCCGUCCAUUUACAUCGCUGGUGCUUGUUCUUUUAUUCAGGCCACUCAGUUUACUAUCUUGUUCAGCUCAAUGUGGCCUUACUUGAGAAAGCUAAAUCCACAAGCUGUGGAAACAGAGUACGGGUUUAUUGUGGCGAUGUAUAGCCUUGGCCAAUGCAUAUCAGCACCGAGUUUUGGUUACUGGAGUAAUCGAAUCGAACAGGUCAGAAUACCUCUUCUUGCGGGUUUUGUAUUUAUGAUGAUUGGAAAUUCCGUCUACCUAUCGCUACAGUUGUUCGCUCCAUCCAAUGUGGCCAUAGUUAUGAUGAUAGCACGGUUUACGACUGGCUCAGGGACAGGAAACAUGGCCCUCCUCCGAGCAUAUGCCUCGACAUCGUCACUGAAAACUGACCGUGCGCGUGCUCUUGCUUGUGUAAGUGGUGGACUCGCCACAGGGACUCUAAUCGGACCAGCGUUUCAACUACUCUUUACACCUCUUGGACCCGAUGGGAUUCAUAUAUUGCCAUUUUAUCGGCUCAACAUAUACAACGCUCCAGCCCUGCUCGCACUGCUCUUCAAUAUAUUGGGAUUUUUGCUGAUAUUGUGUGUCUUUGAAGGAGAGAUAUGA